GUUUGGAAGUUAGAACUGAAGUCGUCGACAUUUAUUAAAAGUUUGGAAGUUUUUGAUUCUUUGAAAAGUUAUUAUAACGUGUGUGUUAUAUGUUUUUAUUGUGAUAAAAAUUCUCUAUAAUCAUAAAAGCCUCUAAAAUAUUAGAUAAUAAGUUUACCAAAACUUUUUGUGUUGCUUAAAGUUGAAUAACUGUUUAUUGUUUUGUGUAGGUGGCUACAUAAGAGGAUUGGUUUGUCUCAAUGUGAAAGUAUAUUUUCGCAUAAAAUUUAAAUCCCAUUGUUUAACUCUUUCCGGUUACCGUCUAUGAAAAUGCAGUGUGUUAUACUUGCGUAAGAUAUUCUAUUGUUUUUGCUGGAGUGCAAUGAACAUAUUGCAUAUAUGAGUCCAACUAAAGAAAAACCGUCAUUGAACAAAAUGAACGCUCCACCACAGCAACUAGUCCUGUCAUCAGACGAAGGCGGCGGCAGUUCUGAUAGCCGCUCUGACAGCAGCGAAGACGAAGUGACGGAGCACCCGGCCCCAGUCAUGGCCAGGGCACAGGUGCCGACGAUCAGUGUAACGCCGCACUCUCCAGGUGUUCUGGAUGACAGCUUGCAGCAGCUACGUCGACUGCAUGCUGCCGUCCAGCGCAUGCGAGCGGCACCGCUGCCAUUGCUGGCUACAGGGACAAGUCGUCUCAGUACGUCGUGUCCCUCGCUCUGCAAGGACGGUGUUCCUGAACAAGAAUGCCCUUCGCCGACACACCUGGAGUUUUACCCACAGAGUAGGAAAGGCAGUAGUGAGUCUCGACAAUGGGGGACGUGGGAUCGCCGUGAUGAGGGCAGACGCAGCUCCUGGGCGGCUCUCGAGCCGGGAGCCAGGCAUGACGUCAGGCAACGCAGUGCGUUGAACGGUCACAGCGCUUCACUAUCAUCUAUGGAGUCUGAGGGGGAGGUGUCACGGCCAGUACGACAUUCAACUCACUCGUUGAAUGACAACGAUUUAGCUAAGGAGUUCGAGAAGGUAACUGCAGCAUUACGUGCUGCCGCUGACACCAGCUCCAGCAGACUGCUGCCACGUCUGCCGCUGCAGAAGUCCGUCUCCACGCCGAGCAUCGUGGCCGCCGUACAUCCGACACAACCACCCCCAGCCGCCAAUAUUCUGUCAGCGGGUGGUGCGAGCGAGACGGAGAGUGACGACGACACGUCCGCGCCGGUCGCCAACCAGCCGAGAAGGAAUAACACUCAGGAGCACCUCGGCUUACAUCGGCUGGCGUUCUUGGAACAAGCCGCCUUCGACCAUCACGCUGAGAAACGGCGUAAGAGAGGAAGCUUGUUCUUUAGGAAGAAGAAGGACAAAUCUCGCAAGGCCUCUCACGUGUGGUCGGCGGCCGCGGCUGGUGGUGCAUGUGAUUGGUGCGCGAGGGACCUGGCGGACAAGCCGGCUCUGUACUGUGACAAUUGCACUAUGACGGUUCAUCAGAACGUUUGUAAGGACUACAUUGUUGAAUGCAAUAAACCAAAAUCAUCCAAGACGUCCGUGGGCAAGUCGCUAAGCGCCAGUAGCGGUAAAAGCAGCAAACGUAGUUCCGUUUCCGGUCAAUCACAGAACUCUAACAGCACGAGUCAUAUUUAUAAUGACGAUAAAGACGGAUCCGAUCACAAGCACGAUCAGAGCAAUGCAUCAGACGACGCUUCCACUGAAUGGCCGGAGGUUUAUCUGACAGCGGAACAGUUAGGUGAUGAAGCGAUACAGCUGGGCUUGGGGGCUGUCGAACCUGACACCUGGGCAGCUGGAGCACCUAAAGGACUUGCUAAACAAAUCGGCGACAGAGAGACCAAGCGCCAGGAGCACAUAUAUGAACUAAUAUUAACUGAAAAACAUCAUUGUCUCACCGUGAGGCUCAUGCAGAAGAUGUUCGCCGAUGGUCUAUCUCGUCUUGGAGGCGUGUCUUCGUCGCAGGUCUCCCGUAUGUUUCCUCGUCUGGAUGAACUAUGGUCGUUGCACGCGGCGUUGCUCGCACGACUCAGGGCUCGCCAGCGCGUUGGUCCACGAGUGGCCAGCAUCGCCGAUAUAUUAGCGGAUACGUUCGCAGCGCCACAUCACCAAAGGCUGAAGGCUGCAUAUGGUGAGUUCUGUUCGCGUCAUCGUGACGCCGUCGAGGUGUUCAAGGAUGUCUGCGCGAGGGAGACGAGGGUCGCACGGUUCAUAAGGAAAUGUCAACAGAAUCCACUACUCAGGAAGAAGGGGGUUCCCGAAUGCGUGUUGUUCGUGGCACAGAGACUCACAAAGUAUCCCCUACUAUUGGAACCGCUCCUCAAGACCGCGGGUGACGAUGCACACGAACGUGAACUAUUACAGAAAGCACUGUGCGGUGUGAAGGAAAUUCUAGUCGACGUUGACAACCAAGUGGCGGCAAAAGAGAGAGAAGACAGGAAACUGGAGAUAUAUCAUCGUAUCGAUGCAAAGUCCUUCGCCAAUUAUCGUGGACGGAAGUUUAAGAAGAGCGACAUCCUGCAAGGGAAUAGGAGUCUUACAUUCGAAGGUGUAGCGACUUUGAUGCAAGGCAGGAGUAAAAUGCAGACGCUCCUGGUGAUAGUGUUGACGGACGUGUUGUUCUUCCUUCACGACAACAACAACAAAUACACUUUCUUCACGCCUGACAAUAAGACUGGUGUAGUAUCUCUAUGGAAGUUGUUAGUUCGCGAGAAGGCCGGAGCCGACGGCCGAGGCCUGUACCUCAUAUGUAGCGGGCCGCCUGGACCCGAAAUGUUCGAACUAAGAGUUCAUCGACCCAAAGACAUCGCUCAAUGGAUACGGGCUAUACGAGGUGCAGUUCAAAGCUGUCCAGAAGAAAUAGAAGAGUCUGAAGCUGGGAGUACCGUGACGUCAGCAGAAGAGAGACAGAAACAGUUGGAGGCGAGGCAUGAGAAUAUAAGACUGAUUACAGAGGCUUUGAGGGCAAAGGACAGAGAGCAGGCGCAAUUGUUGGAAGAGAAAAUGGUGUUGCAUAUGAGGAUGGUCGGACACACCGGGAGUUCCGCAUUAGAUGUUCCCAGCACAGGUGUGCCCCCCUGUCCCGGGGGAUUGUCGUUCCCGGAGUACGUUCGUCUCUCAGGACCCACGCCAGACACGCACGCCUUAUGGCAGGAAGUCUGCAGGGUCGUUCAGGAUGCUCUGGAGGCGUCGUCCCUAGACUGGUCGUCUCUCAGCGGCGUGUCUCUGGGGCGAAGCACGAGCUCGGCGGGUGAGAGGCACUCGGUCCACUACACCAGCCCCGCUCUGCCGAGGAGGGCGGACACCUUCGCCGGCUUCGACGCGCACAGAGGGGGUGUGUCCGUACGUCUGUCGGCGUCGGACGUUCCCAGCGAACCGGAAACGGAAGCCCAAAUGCACGCUCGGAUCAAGGACGAAGCGAACGCUGCGCUGAAGCUACAACAUGCCAUAUACACGCUCACCUGUAUAGUGUGGCAGCAGCUGACCACCAUACACAGCCUGGAGGCGCAGGUGUGUGCGUGGAGGGCGUGCGGGGGGGCGGGAGCGGCCGCGGUGGGCGGGCGGGCCCACGACGCGCAGCUCGAGGAACUGAGGCACGCACAGGCGAGGCUCACGGCGGAGAGGGCGGCCUGGGAGGCGCAGAGGACGGCCGACAGGGACGCGCUGGAACAUGAUCGUAGACAACUACAGGCAGCGCGAAAGGAGCUGGAGGAACAACAGAAAGACGUUGAACAACAGAGAGAAAGGCUCUACAGGCGCCUGGAGAGAUUACAACAACACGGUGGCGGAUCUCAAGAGGAAAUAGCUAGCGUUGGAACUCUGUCGCCUGAUUCAAGUGUCAGCGAUACCAACAGAAGGAAAGAACCAAAAUGGAGAAAUAACCGCGGUUCAACCGGCUCGGAGUCGUCGUUGAGCGCUUGCAGCGUCCGCGGCGCUGCAUUGCCACCGCCACAGCUGCUGUCGGCGCACAACGAGACGAGAGCCACAGCGCGCGCGCCGGUACAGCAAAUGGUUAAACAACAGCUGCCGUUGAAACUAGCGAGCGGCAAAAACCAACAAGCGCCGCCGGGCUACCAGCGACUACACGAGUCACCCAACGAGUUGCCGCCUGUAUGCCACACGCGCGCCGGCAGCUCGCCCGCGCCGCUCGCUCAGCAACACAACACACACAAGGCCACCAGAACAAACACCUACCCAAAGCUGCCGGACAAGUUCCGCGUGCGAUCUCCGGAUGCCGCGCCCCCCUCGCAGGCCCCGCCCACCUCGCAAGCCUCCCCCCUCCCCCCGGCGGCCCCCUCGGAGGAGGAGGUCAUCUACUUCUGACAGCAGAGACCGAGCCGCUGAGAUUGUGUCGUGUGUUAACCUGGUACAUAACGAACUCGCCGACGGACUCGUCUGACCGCGGUUAGAGCUUCAUCGGUGUGUACCAAGCUAACACGAGGGAGAGGAGGCGUGGGGGGACACGGCGAGUGGUCCCGCUGCAUACCAGACAAGAUACCCGCUGCACCGGACUGGGACAGCGGCGCAUUUAACAAACGCCAUACAUGAGAUGACGUACAAACCCACAGGCGGCUAGGGAUUAACUAUCAUAUAUCACGAUACGUAGUCAAUAGAUACAAAUCAAUCCUUGUCUGCAACAAAAAGUGUAAACCAAAUAUAUAUGGAACCAGAUUCACUGGACUAGAGGUUUGUAGUUUGUUGAAAGUUUAUAAUGUAAAUAUGUUACACGAUCAUGUUGACGUAGGACAGCGGCGGCCCCCGCGGCGAGCGGGGGCGCCACUGUCACUUGUUAUAGAACCUUACUGUAAGGGUAUAGAGAGAAAACUCUCGACUAUUUACAAUUAAAUCGUUUGAUCUGAUAGGAUUUAACCGGAGCUGUACUUGUACUGCAUAUAUUUUUAUUGAACACGCAAUAAAUUAGACAAUUACCUGUUCUUAUUAUGAAUAAUUAGAUAUUUUUAAAGUUAUAUGGAGAUGAUAUAUAUUUGUAAAGUAGCACUGUUUAUAGUCUAAGACACAAAGCUUAUAUUUUCUCAAAUGGACACUAUUUUAUCUCAUCUAUUAUUGUAAUGAAGGGGUACGUCUUCUGAGCUUACGAUUCAGAUCUUUAUGUGGACGCGAUAAAGUCUACAAUUGACGAGCAAUGUUCGGUAUUUUCAGUACGACUAGAUCGCUUAGGAUCGCUCGUGCGGUCGUACCGGCCGUAUGUAAAUAUGUUGACAUUUUAUUAUUAGGUAACUGUUGCGGUUUGUAUACAUUGAGAGUUUAAGAUUCAUUAUUAUAUAUUUAACUCGUAGAACAAUCUGUCGGUCGUCGGGACUGCGACGUCUUCGCCGAUGGACCGAGCUCACGCCGUCGAGACUCGAGACUAGGCAACUAUUUUUCGUGCAUUUACUGUAAUCCUUAAUAGAUUUUUUGGGAGGUGAUAUUUUGAAGUACUGUCUUGUUGGGACUCGUAGUGAUGUGUAUACUGACGUUGAUGUUUGGAUAUAUUGUGUAAGGUACUAUAUGACUCAUAUGACUCGGUGUGACUCGGGUCGACUCGCAGCCACUUGCAGUAGUUUCGACCCGAGCGGUGUCUCCGGCAGCAGCAUGACAAUAAUCGUAUCGCGUCUCGUGUCCGUCGUUUCUCGUUUCUCAUAAUUCUAGUUCAAUUCGUCCGCGCUGGAUAGUUCGUUGCAUUUAUCGUCGCUCGGGGGCUCCGAGCCGAGCGCCCGUUUCUGUUAGUAGUAAGCAUAAUAUUCUUUCAGUGGAUGGAUCGAGGGUUCGGAAGGUUACAGACGAUUCGUUUGUAUGUUUGUGAUAAUACUGAGGCCCUAAACUCGAAUAUUUGUAGAGGAGAUUCUGCUAGCGGCGGCUCCCGUUGUGACUGCGCCGGUGUGUGGCCGCGGUUUCGGGAAGCCGUCACAAUACGUACUUAAUGAUUUAAGUUAUGUCUUUGUAAUUAUUUUAGCUUUAAACGCUAUUUAUAUUCACACCUCGUGUCCAGACUCCAUCCGUUUCGUUCGGGGCGACAAUACUGCUGUGUAUUGCUCAAAACUGCUCAUUGAAUACAUUUUUAUUAUAUGACAUGUUCCGCGGUUUUUCUCAUUUUCUUGUUGGCAUGUGUUUAGAAUAGACGAAUCGAAAUAAACAUUUACCUAGAACUA